AAAAGCCGCCGGCCGCCCCGGGCCGCCUCACUCGUGCCGGCAGCGGCACUGGGGCCGGGGAGCUCGCCCUGCCGCCGGCCGGCGCGGAGCCCAGGCGUCCCGGGGGCGGGCGGGGGCCCUGAGCCCCGCGCUGCAGCCGCCGCCGCCCCCCCGGCCUGAAGUUUGGCCGCCACCAUGUCCAAGGCGGCGGCAGCAGCGGGGGAAAGUAGCGGGGCGGCGGCGGCGGCGGCGGGGAGCGAGGACUUGUCCAAGGUGCCCGACGAGGAGCUGCUGAAGUGGAGCAAGGAGGAGCUGGUGCGCAGCCUGCGCCGCGCCGAGGCGGAGAAGAUGAGCGCGAUGCUGGACCACAGCAACCUCAUCCGCGAGGUCAACCGCCGCCUCCAGCUGCACCUCGGGGAGAUCCGCGGCCUCAAGGAUAUCAAUCAGAAGCUGCAAGAAGAUAACCAGGAACUGAGAGACCUUUGUUGUUUCUUGGAUGACGAUAGACAGAAAGGCAAGAAGGUAUCCCGAGAGUGGCAAAGACUGGGCAGGUACAGUGCUGGGGUCAUGCACAAAGAGGUUGCCUUAUAUUUACAGAAGCUGAAAGAACUGGAAAUGAGACAAGAAGAAGUAGUUAAAGAGAACCUGGAAUUAAAAGAACUCUGUGUUUUGUUGGAUGAAGAGAAAAGUGGCGGAGCAGGCAGCAGGAGUUCUAUAGACAGCCAAAUCAGCCUCUGCCAGUUAAAUGCGGCAAGUCCUUAUAUUCGAGAUGUUGGUGAUGGGAGCAGCACUUCUAGCACUGGAAGUACAGACAGUCCGGACCAUCAUAAACAUCACCCAAGUACCAGUCCUGAGCAUCUCCAAAAAAGUAGGAGUGAGGGAAGCCCUGAGCAUCAAAAACAUAGGAGUGUUAGCCCAGAGCAUCUUCAAAAACCCAGGAGCUCUGGAAGUCCUGAUCAUCAGAAACACCUAAAAGGACCAAGUCCAGAACAUCACAAAGCCAUUGGUAAAAGUAGUCCUGAGCAUCAAAAGCAUGCCAGUAGUAGUCCAGAAACUCUCCCUAAGCACAUUUUAAGUAGUAGCCCUGAACACUUUCAGAAACAUAGACCUGGUAGUAGCCCAGAGCAUCAAAAGCACAGCAGUGGCAGCCCAGAGCACCUUCAGAAACAUGCACUGAGUGGAAGCACAGAGCAUCUCCACAAAGUGAGGGGUACUAGCCCUGAGCAUCUCAAACAGCAUUAUGGAGGAAGUCCUGAACAUCUGAAGCAUCUUGGAGGAGGCAGCAGAGAAGGUACCCUGAGGAGACAAGUAGCAGAUGACAUGUCACCUCAUCACAGAAGUGUGUACAAUGGGAUGAAUGAUCUCCAACCACCAAGACCAAAGGCUCUGCAGUCUUAACUUAACAGCAGAAGAUACCAGAAUCAGUGUCUUCUUCAAAAUUCUUUGAUUUAUUCCUUGUUGGAACUUGAUUAAAAAAGUGAGACCUAAUCCUCUCUACAAUCAAUAUACUGAAUGCUAUCUUUCAACCAGUUGCUACAACAGAGCGUGUGAAUAAUUUGGAGAGCUUGGUGGAUAAAGAACAUCCUGAAUAUAUUCAAGCAAAAAUCUAAUUUUAGCUUUUGGGUAUCAGCGCUCACUUCUUUUAUCACUUCUAUAUCAAAGUACUGAAAUGGAAAUGAUAUCUCUUAUCUUUUAAAACCUGUUGAAAAUAUGUACUUUGGCUGGUAAAGAUGUAUCACUGGAUUGCUGAGAGCAUAGAAAUGACUAAAUAGAUUAUUUUGGAAUCUUGGAUCUCACACUUGUAUCAUCACAAGAUGUCUAAUCUUCCUGGCUUUGUUGAUAAUAACUUGGAUAGUGCUAGUCCAGUGUGUUGAUCAUUAUCCUACUAAUAUAUACAGAGAAACAGAUCUAUGAGGAAGGAUGCGUGGAAGUCACAAAUCAAAAAGAGAUGCUGCACAAAGGGAUCUACAGCAUCCUAUUUCGUGAUAACUCUGCAACCCAAAUUUAAAUAGAGGGAAUUUUAAUACCCAAGUAAACACUUAUCGAUAGCCACUUGGAAGUGCAUACUGUAGCCUGUGAAGCUAAGAGUUAGUUUCCAGGACAACACAUUUUUGUUCUGGCAGUCUGUCACCUGGAUGUCUUUUCCUUUUCCUUUCUCCUUUCUUUACCAGCAAACUCAGUUGCUGGGGAAGAAUCUAAUUCCACCUGGACAAGGGAGAUGUUUGAAUUACUGAGAGAUGUUCAAAUGUAAAAUUACUGUCUUUUGCUAUGAGAACUAAAUGCUAGUUUGGUUGUACAAAUGUGCAGAAGCUUUAUGUUUUUAUUAAUGUGGCAACAUUCAGCAUUGUCUGUUUUUGUUGAGUAGGGGUACACGUGGAAGAGAUGUAUUUUUUCAGCAGAUUACUAUUAGGUGUCAGUUCUACUUAAUCACUUCUCUUGCUAUAAAAUUUCACAAACUGAGGCAUUAUAGAGAAGCAGGAUGUUCGUUAGUUCCAAUACAAGGCUGUUCUUAAAAAGGUAGAACCUGAAAUUAAAAUUGACUGCCAAGUGACUAUAAUCUAAAUUUGAGCAGAGGAUUAUAUUUUUAUUGUCCAAAAUGAGGGAAAUAUAAAGAGUAAAAAAGGGAAGCACAAGCAGUGACAGUGUAGUCCUGAGGACUAGGAGUUCUUUAAUUCAAAGCAUUGGGCCUCAGUCUUUUAUAUGUAUACUUCCAGUAUUUGUGCAGUAUCUAGAUGCUGAAUAGUGAGGUAUAUUGCUAAAUGUUUUAUUAUGUACCUGUGUAUAUCCUGUAUGAGUAGUCAGACAGUGUUGACUGAAUAUCAAAAGUCCUGUUUCAUUUUGCUCUGUGCUUAAAAUAGGAAGGAAUCUUUGUGGGGUAGUCUUUGUUCCAAAAGCCUAAUCAGAAAUCCGAAGGGGAUAAAUGCCAUCAUGAAAAGUAUGUUUAAAGUUCUGUUUAGAGUCCUGAUACUUAAUAUAAUAAUGGGAGAAUGGGGCCUAUGAAAAAUGUUUUUUUAGCAGUAUAUAUGUAUUUCUGCUUUAAGAGAAGGUCCAUCUGCAGUUACUUAGAGUUUUGGACUAGGCAGAAGUGCAAAACUUGGCUCUGCAAAAAGCUGCCUGAGUAGUUAUGCUCUGUGUGAAGUGUGUGCCCUCAAUGCCCUUCAUGGGAAUACAUGGUGCUUUGAAGAAUCUGGCCCAGUAACGGAAACAAGUCAUCCUCAUGCAGAAGCUGAAUGUCAUCAAAAAAUAAAAGCCAAAACCCGGCAGCACUUUGGUGAAGUGCAUGCAAUUUCUUGUGGCACCCCACAGCAUUUAUGCUUCCCUUCUCAGCUCCACUGAGCAAAUCUGAACUGUUUCCUCUUCCGAUGCUAAAACGCCAUAUUUCCUUGAAUAUAAGACAAGGUCCACCUCCCCUCCACCCAUGUCAUCUUAUAUUCACAUAUGGGGCCAGAGUUAGACCCACAGCAGCUACCUUUUCCCCCCUUCCCCCCCCCCCCCCCCUUUCUCUCUGUAGGUUCAGCCCUCUUCACCCACCUGCUUUCUUCACCUUAUUGCCAGGUGAAGUUUGGCUUUGGCUUGGGCUUGGGCUGGGGAUUCCCCUGGGAAGAGACCACAUGAAAUUCCUUCCUCUGCCAGGCCAAACAGCAGCGCUGAAGCGGCUGCAUGGCCAGGCAAGUGUUGAGCUUCCACAUGCUAUGCUUUGGGAUGGAGCAACCUGAGCACAAUUUGAUAGUGUGAGGCGGUGGGGAGGGGAAGAGGCAGAGACUGGUGGAGUGGGGUAGGGGCAGAAGCUGUGGGAAGCUAGGGAUGUAGGUGGGGGAGGGGGGCAGGAAGGCUGUAGAGGUGGGUAGGGCAGAGGACAAGGGGGUCAUUUGACCUUCUACCCACCCUAGCCACUGCUUUCCCUGCUGUAGGAGUGGGGGCAAGGCGUGAUUCAAGACAACCCUCCAAAACUUAGAUGUUAUACCUGGAAAAUUAUAACAAAUCCAUUUAUUUUCCACAUAUAGAAUCUAAUAGUUAUGGUGGGUCAUCUUAUAUUCAGUAUCAUCUUAUAUUGAAGUAAACACAGUAAAUCUUCUGUUUAACAUCUAGUAGGCUGUGGGAUGGGAUUCUUAGCUGGAAUCAUUGGGUUGUAUUGAUCUCUGAACAAUUCUUUCUCUCUUCUAAAACACAAAAAUGCCCAGGAUUUCUUCCCUGCCUUCCAGGGACUCUCUGCUAUUUUUCUGGCCAGUUUCCCCAUAACUGUCAUGACAGGUGGGAGGGAAGCUUUCCUGAUGUGCAACUACUGGACAGGCAGGCAGUCAGGUGACAUUCUCUUCAUUUGACUCCUGUGAUCUCUUGGUACUUGUUGCAUUGCAAUGGGUGGGUGGUGAAGUGGAGAUGGCACAAGUGAGAGGCAGGCAGCACAUGUGCCAUUAGGCUUUAGAAGGUUGGUAGCAGACCAGAAUCAAGGAGAUUGCUGAAGUAAGCUGCAGGAUGGAUUGGUUUUAAUCCAAGUGAAGCAAGUCACCAAUUUUGAUCAUGAUUUAAAUCAGCAAGCAGGCAACAGUUUUUUAAAAUAAAUUUUAAAAUUAUUUUAAUCUUCUCUUUGUAUUUUAAUUCAUUUUCUUAAAGAAAGGUUGGUUUUCAUUGUUUGGAAAACACGUAACCAUUAUAGCAUGUUAAUAAAUACAGUCUUUGCAUGAGACUGGGCACUUCAUUUUGCUAACCAGGAGGAUAUAUAAUAUCUAUGCACAUUUUUUAAGCAGUUAUGUAGCUUAGCACUUAUACAUAUUCUGAAUUCUUUCAUUUUUUUAUUAUAUUAGAAAAUGAUUAACGAUUAAUUCUUUUUUCCUUCAUGACUUUUUUUAUGUCACGCUUUUAUUUGAAUGAAAAUGAAAUUAAAUUAAAAAUGCAAAAACAGUGUUUUAAAAUCGUCUUUUUUAUUAGUUACAUAAAGUACCUCAACUGUGCUGAGAAUAUCUAAAAAGUAAUCUUUAUAUAAACAUGUUUUACAUUUAAAAUUGAUUUGCUAAUUCAUAGAAUCAUAGAAAAUUAGGGUUGGAAGGGACCUCAGGAGGCCAUCUAGUCUAAUUCCCUGCUCAAACAGAACCACCCCCAAUGAGAUCAUUCCAGCCAGGGCUUUGUCAAGCGGGGCCUUAACAAUCUCUAAGGAUGGAGAUUUCCCCCACCUCUCUAGGUGACCUGUUCCAGUGCUUUAUCACCCUUCUGCUGAGAGUUGUUUUCCUGUUAUCCAACCUAAACCUCCCUUGCUGCAGUUUUUACACCAUUGCUGCUUGUUCUGUCAUUUGCCACCACUGAGAAUAGUUUAGCUCCAUCCUCUUUGGAACCACCCUUCAGGUAGUUAAAGGCUGUUAGUAAAUCUCCCCUCAGUUUUCCCUUCUUCAAACUAAAUAUGCCCAGUUCCCUCAGCCUCUCCUCAGGAGUCAUGUGCCCCAGCCCCGAAACCAUUUUUAUUGCCACUUGUCCACAUUUUUUCUACAGUGGGAGGGGAACUGGACCCAGUACUCCACAUGUGUUUUCACCUGUGCAGAAUAGAGAGGAAUAAUCGCUUCUCUCAAUCUGCUAGCAACGCUCCUACUAAUGCAGUCCAGUAUGCUGUUAGCCUUCUUGGCCACAAGGGCAUACUACUGACUCAUAUUCAUCUUACUAUCCACUGUAACCCCCAGGUCCUCUUCUGCAGAGCUACUGCUUAACCAGUCAGUCCCUUGGCUGUAGCAAUGCAUGGGAUUCUUCCAUCCUAAGUGUAGGACUUUGCACUUGUCCUUGUUGAACCUCAUGAGAUUUCUUUUGAUCCAAUCCUCCAAUUUGUCUAGGUCACCGUGAAUCCUAGCUCUACUCUUCAGUGUAUCUACUAUACCCCCCAGGUUGGUGUCAUCUGCAAACUUGCUGGGGCUGCACUCCAUCCCAUCUUUCAGAUCAUUUAAUGAAGAUAUGGAACAAAAUUGGCCCCAGGACCAACCCCUGGAGCACUCCACUUGAUACCGGCUGCCAGCUAGACAUUGAACCAUUGAUUAGUACCCAUUGAGCCCAGCACUUCUGCCAGCUUUCUAUCCACCUUGUAGUCCAUUCAUUCAACCCAUACUUCUUUAACUUGCUUUCCAGAAUGCUGUGUGAGACUGUAUUAAAAGCCGUGCUAAAGUCAAGGUAUAUUAUGUCCACUGCUUUUCCCAUACCCCUAGAGCUAGUUGUCUCAUCGCAGAAGGCAAUCAAGUUGGUCAGGCAUGACUUGCCCUUGGUGAGUCCAUGCUGACUACUUUCUUGUCUUCCAAGAUAGAAAUGGAUUUUUGAGGACCUGCUCCAUGAUUUUUCCAGGGACUAAGGUGAGGCUGACUGGUCUGUAGUUCCCUGGAUCCUCCUCCUCCUUUUUCUUAAAGAUGGGCACUAUAUUUGCCCUUUUCCAAUUGUCCAGGACCUCCCCCAAUCCCCAUGAGUUUUCAAAGAUAAUGGCCAGUGGCUCUGCAAUCACAUCAACCAACUCCUUUGGCACCCUCAGAUGGAUUGCAUCUGGCUUCAUGGACUUUUACACAUCCAGCUUUUCUAAACAUUCCCUAACCUGUUCUUUCACCACUGAGGGCAGCUCAUCUUCUCCCCAAACUGUGCUGCCUGGCACAGUACUCUGGGAACUGACCUUGCCUGUGAAGACUGAGGUAAAAAAGGCAUUGAGUACUUCAGCCUUUUCCUCCUCAUUUGUCACUAGGUUGCCUCCCCCAUUCAGUAAGGGACCUACACUUUCCAUGGCCUUCCUUUUGUUGCUAACAUACUUGUAGAAACCCUUCUUGUUACCCUUCAUGUCCCUUGUUAGCUGUAACUCCAGUUGCACUUUGGCGUUCCUGUCUUCAUCCCUGCAUGCCUGAGCAAUAUUCUUAUACUCUUCCCAAGUUGUCUGUCCAAGCUUCCACUUCUUGUAAGCUUCCUUUUUGUGUUUAAGCUCACUGAAGAGUUUUCUGCUAAGCCAAGCUGGUCACUUGCCACAUCUCUUCUUCUUCCUGCCCAUCAGGAUGGUUUGUUCUUGUGCCCUCAGUAAGUUUUCUUUAAAAUACAACCAUCUCUCUUGGCCUCCUUUCCCCCUCAGACUGGCCUCCCAGGGGAUCCUGCCCAUCAGUUCCCUGAGGGGGGUCAAAGUUUUUCUGAGGUUCCGGGUCCAUACUCUGCUGCUCUCCUUCCUUUUGUCAGGGUCCUGAACUUGAUCAUCUUGUGGUCACUGCUGUCCAUCUUGCCAUCCACUUCUACAUCCCCCACCAAUUCUUACCUGUUUGUGAGCAGCAGGUCAAGAAGAGCAUGGUUUCUAGUUGGUCUAUCCAACACUUGUACCAGAAAGUUGUCUCCAACACUCUCCAAAAAUGUCUUGGAUUGCCUGUGCACAACUGUAUCGCCCUUCCAUCAGACAUCAGGGUGAUUGAAGUACCCCAUAAAAACCAGGACCUGUGAUCUGAAAACGUCCACUAGUUUUCUGAAGAAAGCCUCAAUCUUCUGGUCUGGUGGUCUAUAGCAGAUAUCCACUACAACAUCACCCUUGGUGCUCUGCCCUCUAGCUUUAACCCAGAGACUUUCAGCAGGCCUAUCUCCAGUUUCAUACUGGAGCUCUGAGCAAUCAUAGAGCUCUUUUCUACAUACAGUGCAAAUCCUCUGUCAUGUGAGCUAUCUCACCAAGUUUCUGUUAUUUCAAUCAUGUCAUAGUUCCUUGACUGCGAGGACUUCCAAUUCUUCCUGCUUGUUUCCUAAGCUCUGUGCAUUUCUGUACAGGCACUUGAGAGGUGACUAGCCGAUUGCCCUACGUUCUCAGAAAGUAUGAGGACACUUCCCCUGUUGCCCCCUCCUGCUUCCUCUAUGUCCCCCACUUUUCCAUUUACCUCAGGGCUUUGUUCUCCACCCCCUUGCAAACCUAAUUUGAAGCCCUCCUUACUAUGUUAGAGAGCCUGUCUGCAAAGAUGCUCUUCCUUCUCUUCGUCUGGUGGAUCCUGUCUUUUCCUAGCAAUCCUCCUCCUUGGAACAACAUCCCAUGGUUGAAGAAGCCGAAUCCUUGCUGAUGACAUCACGUGUGGAACCAUGCAUUGAUCUGCAGGAUGCAUCUGCUCCUGCCAGGGCCCUUCCCCUUGACAGGAAGGAUAGAGGAGAACAUGACCUGUGCCUCCAUCCCCUUCACCCUUGCACCCAGAACCCUGUUGUCACUCUUGAUCUGCUCAGGGUCAUCCCUGGCAAUUAUCAUUGGUGUCCACAUGGAUGAGCAGCAUAAGGGGUAGUAGUUAAAGGGCUGGAUGAGUCUUGGUAAUCCUUCUGGGACAUCGUGGAUCUGGGCUCCAGGCAAGCAGCAGAUGACCUGGGACAAAAAGUUAGGUUGGCAGACAGAUCCCUCCAUCCCCUGCAGAAGGGAGUCUCAAACCAUCACCACCUGUCACUUCCUCUUCAUGGCAAUGGUCUCAAUCUUCCCCACAUUGAGGAUUCCUGAACUGGGCUCUUCAGUCAAUGGAAUUUGUUCUUCCUCCUCUGUUGCUAGAGCUCCAUAUAUGUUCUCCAGACAAACCACUGCACAUGGGCAUGACAACUUCUUGCUGCCAGAUGAUACAAGGUUCUACCUUCCUGGGAAUCCCAUGCCCUCUUUCUCUUCUAGCAGUACCUCCUGGCAGUCCUUCCUCCACAUUCCCAGAGGUUUCCUCCAGCAUAGAAUUGGUGAAGUCCUCAUGGCGGAGGAUGCUUUGGAGCCUUGCUACCUCUUUCUGUAGCUCUCUUACCUUCUCCCUGAGGGACACCACCAGAAGGCACUGUUCACAUUGCAGGCACUCCCCCACCUGGCUGACACUGGAAGGAAUCUGCAAGCCUCUGUCUGCACAGCACCAAACCAAGACCUGGGUGGAAGCCUGUUUGCUGUUCCUUGAUCUGAAGGGCUCCCUUUUCCCCGUACCCUUUUUCCUCUGAGCAAGCUUACAGUGAAGGAAUUGUGUGAGAGAGCUUCCAAACAAACUCCCCCUCCCUCUGGACUCUAGUUAAGCAAGGGGCUUAUGUCUUGGUGUAGUCUGCUGAAGUUUAGGUUCCCAGAGCAGGAUCUGGUGGAUGGUGGUAUUUCCUUUUCCCCUUCCUCCUCUUGCUCCCGAAAGUUGACUGUUUUUGGUUAUCAUGUCCUUCAGGAUUUUGAACUAUUAGAUCUCAUCCCCCUCGUGCCUUGUUUUGGAAAAAGAAAAGCAGCUUUCCUUUCCUUCCCUUCCCCCCAGCCCCUUAGAGUCAGUUUUUUGACUGAAUGAACUGAACCAAAAUAGAUGAAUAAAUGGAAAUGAAGGAAAAAUCUCUUUGUGCUUGAAGAUAGCAGGGCUAAUUCCCUGUCUUUGCACCUGAAGAAGAGGCUACUGUGGUCAAAAUCAGGCUUAAUACAGCAACAAACUCCGACUGCAAGUGUUAAGUCUGUAAGUUGUACCAGUUGAGUAGUUUGAUUUUUAAACUUCAACAGAAAGCAUAUACUGCUUAGUAUUUUGGUAAUUUAAUAUAAUAAAUGUAAACUGUUUGUACUUAAUUUUGUCAUAAUUUUAAUUAUAAUGAAUUCAUUUUUAAAGUGAAAAAAAUACUUAAUUUAAAUAAAAAUAACCCCUGGAACUGUAGAAGUGGAAGGGAGCUUAGGGAUUAUCUAGUUCAACCUGCUGAACAAAUGCAGGAUGCACUAUUCCUAAAUCAUUCCAGACAAAUGCUUAUUCAGUAUCUUCUUGAAAACCUUCAGUGAAGGAUAUUUUGCAGCUUUCCUGGGCAACUUGUUCUAUUGUCCUACUAUUCUUACCAUUUGGAGUAUUUUUGUGAGAUUAGAUUAAAUCUGCUUUGCUGCAGUUUAAACUCAUUGCUUUGCAUUUUGCCCUCUGUUGCAAGGAAGGACUCUUGUUUUCCCUCUUCUUUAUGAGGGCUUUUAAAAUGUGUGAAAACUGAUAUCCAUUUGGGUGGAGGAGGGAUUGCUAAGUAGUUAGAGUAUACAAAGUUGUGGGUAAUGUGAGGAAAUUUCAUGGUUUAUAAAAGCAGAAGAGAUCAUCUAGUUUGUCCUUUUCUGUAGCAGGAUACAGGAUUUUCCUGAUUUAAUUCUUGUUUGAACUAGAUUAUAUAUUUUAGAGGUAGACGCAGCUGUACCUCUCAUCUAUGAAAAUUGCUUUCCCUGAUUGUCCUCAGGAAUGCCCUGGUAGCGGGGCAAGGGCAGCCCAGGAACCGUUAGCCAUUAGUCCUCUUACAGUUCUUCCUCGGUUGUUCCUGGGGCAGGAAAUUUAGGGGUAUCCUGAGGUGCUAUUGUGCAGUUCCUCCAGUAUCACGUAAUUGCAAUGAGCUUGGUUUCCAUAUAUGAAAAUCAAACCAGGAAGCCAGUAGGCCUUAUUCUUCCUAAGAUGACUUUUGCCAUUUCAAGAGUUCUGUGAGUUUGACAAAGAGGGUAUUUCCCUAUAAGCAUGCCCAUUGUAAUGGCAGCUGCUGGGCUCAGUUCAUAUCCACUACAGGAGAUGUAAUGUACACCUGUCUGUGCCAGCAGGAAUGGCUGUACUUCAGGAUGAUUCAUAUUGGAGAAUGAGCCUACAAUGUUAGAAGCUUUCACCAGGUUAAAACACUUUUAAAGUUGGAGAAUCCAAAGGAACCUCACAGGUGGAGUCUGCAAUGGAAAUGGUCUGAAUCGGUACUUCAGCCGCAGACAGCGCUGACUUCUUUGGAAAGUGCCAGCCAGCUUGCAGAUUUUACUGUGGAAUUUCUGCUGACUGCAUUAUUCCAGCCAACCUGGGGCUGAAUCUAGCCACUAAUAGAAUAGACAGCAGACGUUUAAGGUGACACGUCGGUGCCUGUAGUGGCAGUGCCUCAUAGGACAAUGUCACUGGCUGGGCUGCUAGUGGCACGGUGGAGGAUGGUCUGGCAGCACAACCACUUCUAUUUUUUUCAUGCUUCUCUGGGGUCAGCACUUUGUGCUGAUGCCACGGUCUCUCUCCCCUUCCCUGGCCCCCUAUUUCUUACGUUACUGAUAGCUUCUGGGAAACUGCUGCUGCCUGGCUUAGUUUCAGCUGGGUCAAGCACUUAGUACCGUAAGUAGUAAAGUCUUUUGAUCCUGUGCUGUGAGUAGAAAUAUUCUUUAAAAAUUGACUUGGUUUCUCUUGUUUCCUGUAGCAGAGAUUACUGUGUUUUGGUUGAUAUGACACGCGUUGCCAUCAUUUCUGUUUCAGUCUGUUCAAAAUGGUUGCAUGGAAGCAAGAUUUCAAGGAUAGUUUAUUCAGAUGAGGCUUGGUAUACAUUAUUUCACCUGGCUGUUAAGACCUGACUCUUCAAGGUACUGAAUUCUUCCCAGGAAGUCCUGGAAUACUGUCAGUUCAUUAUGAAGUCAAGGUGUUGGACACAGCUCCUCAUGUGGGAGGACAGGGUCAUGGUCAUAGCCUAGUUCCUGUCUCUUGAUCUAUUCAGUCAAUCUCGUUUUUGUAAACCCAUCUUUUUUUAUGUAUUGUCUAGACAACUACACAUCUUUGAAAGGAUCAAAAAACCACCAAAAUGAAUGCACAGUGUGAAGUAUUCUCAAUAGCACUGUGUUUAAAAUGUGCUGAUAACUAUAUGGGUAUCUAGAAAAAGAACGAUAUUUUGGUCAUCAAACUAAUCAAUUUGCUGGAAAUCAGCAGUUGUCACUCUGUCCCUCCAGCCCCAGUACAUGUUCCCUUACCUGAAAUAUGUUGCUCUAUUUGUACGUUCUUCAGAGUCAUGAUGAGCUGCUGACAAGCAUCAGGGAGCACCACAUCAUCUUUAUGGGGACUGGAGGCACUCUUCUUGGUUUUUUUUGUUUUCUUUUUUUUACACUUGGCAGCUCAGUUGCUGCCAGGCACAAUCAGCAAAUCACUUCCUUCUGGCACCUUUUAACUGUAGGUUCUGAUCCUGCAAAGUCUUAAGCCUAGAUGCAAAAAUCUAGUGAAUGUGUAUUCUAGGGACCCCCUGUACCUGAAUAACAUAGAAUAUGAGUGUUGCUCAGUGCUCUGCUAAGGUGCAUUAGUCUUCUUCCUGCAACUGGACCAACUCAUGUCAUUCUCCCUGGAGGCCCCUGGUCCAAUCUCUGAUGUGGCAGCCAUCACAUAAUUAUUGCAGAACUUUGCAUGUGUGAGUUCUCCCAUUGAUUUUCAGUGGGAGAUCAUUCACCUGCAUGAGUUUAAGUACAUACUUAUGUCUUUGGGUAGAAGUGAUAUAUAGUAUCAUAGUACUGUAGUGCUUAGGGUCGGAAGGGACCUAAACAGAUCAUCAGGUCCAACCCCCUGACCUGGGCAGGAACGAGUGCUGGGGUCAUAACUCCCCAGCCAAAUAUCUAUCCAGACUCCGCUUGACUACCCCCAAGGUAGGAGAGGCUACCACCUCCCUUGGGAGCCCAUUCCAGAGCCUGACAGACCUAACCAUGAAGUAAUGCCUCCUAAUGUCCAGUCUGAACCUUCUUUCUAACAAUUUGUGGCUGUUAUUCUUAGUAACCCCUGGUGGUGCCCGGGAGAGCAGAGCCUCACCCAAUUUCCUCUGGUCCCCCCUGGUGAGUUUGUAAACGGCCACCAGAUCCCUUCUCAGCCUUCUCUUGUGGAGGCUGAAUAAGUCCAAGCCCUUUAGCUUCUUUUUGUAGGGCCUGACCCACUGCCUCUUGACCAUGCGAGUGGCCCUCCUCUGGACCCUCUCAAUGCUAGCAACAUCCCUUUUGAAGUACGCUGCCUAGAACUGGAUGCAGUAAUCCAACUGCAGCCUGACCAAUGCCACAUAUAGGGGAAGGAUCACCUCCCUGGAUCUGCUUGUGAUGCGUCUGUAGAUGUAUGACAAAGUGUGGUUAGCCUUACUGACCGCUUCCUCGCAUUGAUGGCUCAUGUUCAUCCUGUAGUCAACAAUAACUCCAAGAUCCCUUUCUGCCUCUGUUGACAAGAAGGGAGUUCCCCAGCCUAUAGGUGUGUUGCUGGUUCCUUCUCCCUAGAUGCAGCACCCUGCACUUGUCUGUGUUGAAUUCCAUCCUAUUCUCAUCCGCCCACCUCUGUAACCUGUCUAGAUCUAGCUGGAUUCUGUCCCUGCCUUCCAGCGUGCCUGCCUCGUUCCACAUCUCAGUGUCGUCAGCGAAUUUGGACAGCAUGAUUACCAUGCCCACAUCCAGAUCGCUGAUAAAGAAGUUGAACAGUACAGGCCCCAGGACCAAGCCCUGGGGGACUGUAUUGCCCACAUACCUCCAGGUCAAAAAUUACCCGGCCACCACCAGUCUCUGGGUGCGACCGUCUAGCCAAUUUGUCACCCAUCUGACUGUGUAGGAGUCGAUGCAGCAGUCACCUAGCUUUUUGAGAGAAUGUAGUGAGAAACAGUGUCAAAGGCCUUCUUAAAGUCCAGGAAGACGACAUCCAACUUGACGCCCUUGUCCAGGGACUUUGUGACCUGGUCAUAAAAGGAAACCAGGUUAGUCAGGCGGAAUCUGUCCUAAACGCUCAGGGGCAACCAACAUGGGUUCGUUACCACCCCUGUUGGGCCCUAGCAUAUGUGUUCCUUGAUAAUUUAUCAAAGGUCUUCCCAAGGACUGAGGUGAGACUGACUGGCUUAUAAUUGCCAGGGUCCUUCUUCCUCCCUUUCUUGUAAAUAGGGACCACAUUGACCCUUUUCCAAUCCUCUGGUACUUGGCCAGAGCCCCAUGAGCUCUCAUACAGCCAUGCCAGGGGCCCCGCUGUGACCCCUGCCAAUUCCCUCAGCACCCUUGGGUGAGGAGCAUCUGGACCUGCUGAUUUUAAAUAUGUCCAGCCUGUCCAAAAGUUCCCUAACUAGGUUGUCCCUGACCCUAGGCAUGGCGGUGCCUCCCCUGCAUCCAUGUGUAAUCCUAGUGGGGGAGGCAAAGAAUUCGUUAAAGAGGUCAGCUUUUUCAUUUGCUGCAGUCACCAGAUUGCCAAGCAUGUCCUGUAGGGGCCCCAUAUUACCCUGUGCCACCUUCUUGCUUCCUAUGCAUUUGAAAAAGGACUUUCUGUUAUCCCUAAUUCUAGUCGCUAGCCCUAGCUCCAUCUCUCCCUUGACCUUCCUAAGAGACUCUCUGCAGUUACAAGUAACGAAGGUGUAAUUCUCCUCGGUGAUAGCCCCUUGCUUCCAUUGUUUGUACGCCUCCUUUUUUGCCCUCAGGCAUUCCUGGAUGUCUUUGCCGAGCCAUGGGGUUUUUUUUAGCACUCCUGCCCCCCUUGGUGAGCAUUGGGACUGACUCCCUUUGAGCUCAGAUAGGUGAUUGUUCCUCAAGGAGACUGUCUUGGACUCCUAUCUCAGACCCCUCACCAGGUCAUCACCUGUGGCAAGGACCAAGUCCAGCAAGGCAUUUCCGUUGGUGGGACUUGUCACAACCCAAAGUUGUGAGUUUUUGUUUGUGUGCGCUUCGGCAUCGCUAAAUUAUGUUCCCGCUAAAUUGCAGCUUCCUUGCACGGUGGAAUUCUCUGCUGCAGAAGAGAACCCCGGUGCAAUGGAGAAUUUCCCGCCAAAUUUGUAGCUUUCUUUGCAGGGUGCAUUUCUCUGCUGCAGAGGAGAAAUGCUCGUUGCAAAGAGUUCCCGCCAUUCGUAUUAUAAUUCAAGCCCCAUUAUUGGCUAGUUUUAAAAUAUGCACAUGUGGCGGCUAGUGAUUGGCUUGCUAGCCGUAUAAAAAGCUUGAGUGGUUUCCGCCCAAGUUGGAGGACUCCACAAACAUCAGGAGGAGGAGGAGUCUUCACCUUGUGUGAAGAUCUCUAAGCGCUGCGGAUCCUUACGGACCCAACGCGUUUCAAGCAGGCAACAGAGGUCUGAUCAGCCUCUGGCCUCUCCCCGUCGCCGAGCGCAAUCCUAGACAUAGCCCUUUCCUAUAUACUCAAUUUUCGAACCCACGGAGCCUUAACAACUCUGGGGCCAGAGAACCGAACAGAGCCCACGGAGCUUCAACAACUCCGUGGGAAAGAAUUGCUGAACCUGCGGAGCCUUAACAACUCCGGGGCCAAAGAACCGAAUUUGUCGUAGUCCUCCAACGAGGAUUUAAGCGGAGCUGCACCUGGAAACUGUCCAGCCUACACCUCGACCAUCUUGGGUGUAAGUAAAUAAUCUUUCAAUCAACCAUUACGCCUCUGUGACUAAUUCUAGCCCAUGCGUGCCUUGCCGCCGCACGGUCUCCUCCGACCCCGCGUGCCCGGGCUGCUGGCUACAGCCCGUGUACGCAGACGGGCCCGGCUUGCCCCCAGCCCGCACAGGACUAUGCACCUCCUGGGUAAGGUGGCGGUCCUGGAUAUAAUACUCACUUCUACCCCAAAAUAUAAAAUAUGUAAAAAAUAUAUUGCCUCUAUCCAAAGAGUUUGUCUGCCUUUGUGCUUAGACUAAUAUGGCUACAGCAAAGAUCCCUGAAACACAGAAGAUAUCACAUUUUGCUGUUUGAAAUGUAAACUUCACAACAUGAAGAAUAAAGGAGCCAAAUUCAACAGCCUGGACUAAAUAUUAACAUUGAAUUUAUGGCCUCCCUCCAGCCUGCCUGCCAUCUGAUAACUCCAGGGAACCAGCCUACGUUUGUCUCUGCAAGUCCUCUCCAUUUGCAUUCUUGCAGGACAGCUUUCCAAAGACUGGCUUUUUUCAUACCUGAGAGAUUUCUGACCAUCUUUAAUUUCUCUCCCUGUUUUCAAUUUUUUUUUUUUGCCUGAAGACGAACGUGUGUGUUUGAAAGCUUGCAAAGAACAGGUUUUUUGUAAUGAUUUUAGUUGGUCUAAUAAAAGAUAUCACCUCUA